AUGGUGGUCCCCGUAAAUAACAAUAGCAGCCCUUUCCAUGUGCGUCAGGUUACCAGCGAAGAUUUGAAACAUGUUGGCAAAAUUGUGGAGAUUAUCAAUGGUGCCUUUGUUGCUGAUAAUACGUGGACAUCUGUGCGUCAUUUUGGGAUGAAGCAACGUGUCAAUUAUGCCGAGGUAGAAGAUUUAGUAAGAAACAAGAUCUUAUUGUGUGUCUUUGAUGAAAAUCAAGUGGUGGUUGCUACGGCAGAGAUCCAACCGAUAAAUUCAGAAGAAGCUGGCAUUGGACUUGUUUCGGUUGACCCCGCACGACAAUCUCAGGGCAUUGGCAAACUUCUCCUCCUGGCAACAAUAGAUAAGAUCAAGGAAAUGGGAUACAAGGUAACAUCCAUGUCCAUUUUGGGCGAACGACCAGAGUUACUAGCAUGGUACGCCAAACUUGGGUUCCAAGAUACCGGCGAACGUCCUUUAUACCGUAACCCUGCUGUCAUCGAGGCCGUGCUUCCUCUCACUGUGGUGAAGAAGAAUCUGAGUUGA